AUGCUCGGCUAUAAAUUUCAGAUCAAUGAGACUCGUUUAAUAGAGGCUCUCACCGCACCCGGUGCUGAAGGAGAGGAGCGCCAAGGGAAUCGAUACUUGGCAGAUUUUGGACUCGAUACCAUCCGUUCUUGCGUUGCUUUUGACGGGUAUAAAAAGAAGGUUAAACCAAGUAAUACUGCCAGCUUGAAACAACGGGUCUGCAGCUACUCUCAUCUUCAAAAAGUGGCUGAGCACACGGGCUUCGACGAAUGCAUCAUCUAUAAUCCCCGAUCAGGGAAAGGUCGACCUGUUGUUGUCGGGAAAGCUCUUGCAGCAGCCAUCGGUGCUGCGCACUUAGAUAAUGGUUGGAACUAUGAACGGACGCUAAAUAUCAUUUAUAAGCUGGGAUUACUGACUGAUAACGAUAAUGGUGUUGAUUCUCAACUUUGGAGAGUGCAGCCCGAAAUUCCAUCCGAGCUGAAUGUUAGCGACAUGUCAUUUACAAUGACUGCGGCCACAAUUGAGGUCGUUGACUAUUCGGUCACUCUUAUCGAUGGAAAUGGAGAAGACACCAGUGUUUCUGUUGUCACUGGAGCUCGAGACGAUGUGCAUUUGGCUGUUCUCCCAGCUAAUGGAGCUCAAGGAGCUCCCCUGUCAGGAAGCCCAGGGCAUCCGAGCAAGAGGGAGAAUGGCAAUAUGCCUCACGAUUCCGACACUAAUAUGCCGACAAAGAAACGCCCACAAAAAGAGGACAGUCGUCUUAGGGCUUAUUUGGAAUGCGAAGAAAGCAGAUGCGCGAACCACGGACUGUCCUUACCAACUGAAACGUACUAUACCGAAAAUAUUCAAGCGACUCUCAGAAGACAAGCUAAAUCUCGUAAUCUGAUAAUCUGUCAGAGGUUAAUUCUGUGUGUUGGAAGCGCAGAAUCUCUCAUCACUCUACGAGAGGCAAUCAAGUUUUGGCGCGAAGAGACCAUCCAGAGCUUAGGGCUCCCUCUGCAAGCGUUGACAGCGAGAGACCUUUUGAGACUGAUCGAAAGCAAUGCAGAAACCAUCUCCUAUCACCUGGUACUGCAGAGAUACUACAUUUUGGAACUUUUUAAGAAGAGUGGUGGAACCGCUACGCCAUCUUCUACGGGAUUUCUGGCUGUGGACUAUCAUGGGAUCAACCUCAGCAGAAAGCCAGGUAAUCCUGUGCAUAGCAUGGACACAGAUGUGUCCAAGAGAAUACUGCAGGAAGUGGAGCCGCUGCUAGAUGGAAAUUCUCCCCAAUACAAGGACAGGCUCGAGACCAUUAAAACGCUUCGGGCUCUAGGCAUGAAGUAUCACAUCUUAACCUCCAACUUCGGUCCAGGAAUACUAGCCUUGAUACCAUCCAGCGAACAGGUCGGACAGAUUGGGGUGACGAUCUCGGCUCCGGAUAUUUCACGACUUCCAAUCUCUCUUUUCAAGGACGUCAUCAGCAUCUUGAAUGAGACCCAAGGACUGGAGCUGAGGAAGCUUAGUCAAGCUGUGUGGGCUAGAUUGAAAGACAUGCUAGUCCAUUCAGGAAACCCAGGCGGAAGAAGACUUUGGUUGGAGACUAUCGAGAGCAGCGAUUUACUCAGAUUUCCAAAAAACUCGCCAAUCCUGGAACGACUCUUUGAUUAG